CUUAUCUGAUCCUGGGCGCCCAGCGGGAGGGAAGCGUGGAGAGGCAGAGUCUGCUCUGGGAGGCCCGGAGAGGGUGAAGGAGAGAGAGAGGGGGAGAGGGAGUCGGAGGAGGGGGAGGAGAAGAGAGAGAGGCUAAAUUAGAAGGGUACACGGAGGGGAGCGAGCGAGGGCGGUGCGCCGCCAAGAACCGUCCCUCGGCGGAGUUCGGACCUUCCCGAGGCGCGGAGAGGUCUCCAGCCUGGGCUGGAACCUGGUCCUGCACAGGAAGCUGCUACACCUCAUGUAAGAAGCCGGAGAUAAAAUGAAGGUUUUUCAGUGCAAGAUGCAGUGCCGGCUACUUCCAGCUUUUUUGGCAAUUGUUUAUUUCUGCACCAUCGUCCAGGGUCAAGUGGCUCCACCCACAAGGUUAAGAUAUAAUGUGUUAUCUCAUGACAGCAUACAGAUUUCAUGGAAAGCUCCAAGAGGGAAAUUUGGUGGAUACAAACUUCUUGUAACUCCAGCCUCAGGUGGAAAAACCAAUCAAUUGAAUCUUCAGAACACUGCAACUAAAGCAAUUAUUCAAGGACUUAUGCCAGACCAGAAUUACACAGUUCAGAUUAUUGCAUAUAAUAAGGAUAAAGAAAGCAAGCCAGCUCAAGGCCAAUUUAGAAUUAAAGAUUUAGAAAAAAGAAAGGAACCAAAGCCCAGAGUCAAAGUUGUGGAUAAAGGAAAUGGGAGUAAACCAUCUUUACCAGAAGAGCCGAAAUUUGUCUGUCAAACGCCUGCAAUUGCCGACAUUGUAAUCCUGGUGGAUGGUUCAUGGAGUAUUGGAAGGUUCAACUUCAGACUGGUUCGGCUUUUCUUGGAGAAUUUGGUUACAGCGUUCGAUGUGGGCUCAGAGAAGACACGAAUUGGUCUUGCACAAUAUAGUGGUGACCCCAGAAUUGAAUGGCAUUUGAAUGCCUUCAGCACCAAAGACGAGGUGAUUGAAGCUGUUCGAAACCUUCCAUACAAGGGAGGAAAUACGCUAACAGGUCUUGCUUUGAACUAUAUUUUUGAAAAUAGCUUUAAACCAGAAGCAGGGUCAAGGACUGGAGUAUCCAAAAUUGGCAUUUUAAUCACAGAUGGAAAAUCCCAAGAUGAUAUUAUUCCACCAUCCAGAAACCUUCGUGAGUCUGGUGUAGAGCUGUUUGCCAUAGGGGUGAAAAACGCGGAUGUGAAUGAACUGCAAGAGAUCGCCUCUGAGCCAGACAGCACCCAUGUGUACAACGUUGCUGAAUUUGACUUGAUGCACACAGUUGUGGAGAGUCUGACGAGGACUGUGUGCUCCAGAGUGGAAGAACAGGACAAGGAAAUUAAAGCCUCAGCUCUCAUCACUAUUGGACCACCUCAGGACUUGAUUACCUCUGAAGUUACAGCUAGAAGCUUUAUGGUUAACUGGACUCAUGCCCCAGGAGAUGUUGAAAAAUAUAGAGUUGUAUAUUAUCCUACCAGGGGUGGAAAACCAGAUGAGGUGGUGGUGGAUGGAAGUGUAUCUUCCACCGUGUUGAAAAACUUGAUGUCUUUAACUGAGUAUCAGAUAGCAGUAUUUGCAGUGUACGCCCAUACUGCUAGUGAAGGUCUACGUGGAACUGAAACGACACUUGCUUUACCCAUGGCCUCUGACCUGGAACUGUAUGAUGUGACUGAGAACAGUCUGCGGGUCCGAUGGGAUGCAGUGCCGGGGGCCUCAGGAUACCUGAUCCUCUAUGCUCCACUCACUGAGGGUCUGGCUGGGGAUGAAAAAGAGAUGAAAAUUGGAGAGACACACACAGAUAUUGAAUUGAGUGGGUUGUUGCCUAAUACAGAGUACACAGUCACAGUUUAUGCCAUGUUUGGAGAAGAGGCCAGUGAUCCUGUUACAGGACAAGAAACAACCCUGCCUUUAAGUCCACCAAGAAACUUGAGAAUCUCCAAUGUUGGUUCUAACAGUGCUCGAUUAACUUGGGAGCCAACUUCAAGAAAGAUCAGUGGUUACCGAAUUGUAUAUAAUAAUGCAGAUGGGACUGAAAUCAAUGAGGUUGAGGUUGAUCCUAUUACAACAUUUCCUCUGAAAGGCUUGACGCCCCUCACGGAUUACACCAUUGCGAUUUUCUCCAUCUAUGAUGAGGGGCAGUCAGAGCCCCUGACUGGAAUGUUCACCACAGAGGAAGUUCCAGCCCAGCAAUACUUGGAAAUUGAUGAAGUGACGACAGACAGCUUUCGAGUGACCUGGCAUCCCCUCUCGGCAGAUGAAGGGCAGCACAAGUUGAUGUGGAUUCCAGUCUAUGGUGGGAAGACUGAAGAGGUUAUCCUGAAAGAAGAACAGGACGCAUAUGUUAUUGAAGGCCUGGAGCCUGGCACUGAGUAUGAAGUUUCACUGUUGGCUGUCCUUGAUGAUGGCAGUGAGAGUGAGGUGGUGACUGCUGUUGGGACCACACUUGACAGUAUUUGGACAGAACCAGCCACGACCAUAGUACCUACAAGACCUGUGACUUCAGUUUUCCAGACAGGAAUCAGAAACCUGGUUGUAGAUGAUGAAACUACCUCUAGUCUGCGGGUAACAUGGGACAUUUCUGACAGCAAUGUGCAGCAGUUUAGGGUGACCUACCUGACAGCUCAAGGAGACCCUGCAGAAGAAGUGGUAAUGGUGCCUGGAAGUCAGAACAAUCUCCUCUUAAAGCCUCUGCUUCCUGACACUGAAUACAAGGUUACUGUGACUCCCAUCUACACUGAUGGAGAAGGCGUCAGCGUCUCUGCCCCUGGAAAAACCUUGCCAUCCUCUGGUCCCCAAAACUUGCGUGUCUCAGAGGAAUGGUAUAAUCGGUUGCGCAUUACAUGGGAUCCACCAUCUUCCCCUGUAAAGGGCUAUAGGAUCGUCUAUAAACCUGUCAGUGUUCCUGGCCCAACAUUGGAGACUUUUGUGGGAGCAGACAUCAACACUAUUCUUAUCACAAACCUCCUCAGUGGAAUGGACUACAAUGUGAAAGUGUUUGCCUCCCAGGCUUCAGGCCUCAGUGAUGCUCUGAGUGGCAUGGUGAAAACACUGUUCUUGGGUGUGACCAAUCUCCAAGCCAAGCAAAUUGAAAUGGCCAGCUUAUGUGCUCACUGGCAGAUGCAUCGUCAUGCCACAGCCUACAGAGUAGUUAUAGAAUCCCUCCAAGAUACACAAAAGCAAGAAUCCACUGUGGGUGGAGGGACAACCAGGCAUUGCUUCUACGGACUCCAGCCCGACUCAGAAUAUAAAAUCAGUGUUUACACAAAGCUCCAGGAGAUCGAGGGGCCCAGUGUGAGCAUAAUGGAAAAAACUCAAUCACCUCCUACUCAACCACCAACUUUUCCUCCAACCAUUCCACCAGCAAAAGAAGUAUGUAAAGCAGCCAAGGCAGACCUGGUGUUCAUGGUGGAUGGAUCCUGGAGUAUUGGAGAUGAUAAUUUCAACAAGAUCAUCAACUUUCUGUAUAGCACUGUUGGAGCCCUGGACAAGAUUGGUGCAGAUGGAACUCAAGUGGCAAUGGUUCAGUUCACCGAUGACCCCAGAACAGAAUUUAAACUAAAUGCUUACAAAACCAAAGAGACUCUUCUUGAUGCAAUUAAACACAUUUCAUACAAAGGAGGAAAUACAAAAACAGGAAAAGCAAUUAAGCAUGUUCGAGAUACCCUAUUUAAUGCAGAGUCAGGUACAAGAAGAGGCAUCCCAAAGGUUAUUGUGGUUAUAACUGAUGGAAGAUCACAAGAUGAUGUGACCAAAAUCUCCAGGGAGAUGCAAUUAGAAGGCUACAGCAUUUUUGCAAUUGGUGUGGCUGAUGCGGAUUACUCGGAGCUGGUUAGCAUUGGCAGCAAGCCCAGUGCACGCCACGUCUUCUUUGUGGAUGACUUUGACGCCUUUAAGAAAAUUGAAGAUGAGCUCAUUACUUUUGUCUGUGAAACUGCAUCAGCAACCUGCCCAUUGGUGCACAAGGACGGCAUUGAUAUUGCAGGUUUUAAGAUGAUGGAAAUGUUCGGUCUAGUUGAAAAAGAUUUUUCAUCAGUGGAAGGGGUUUCUAUGGAGCCUGGUACCUUCAAUGUUUAUCCAUGUUACCAAAUCCAUAAAGAUGCCCUGGUUUCCCAGCCAACUAGAUAUUUGCAUCCUGAAGGAUUGCCCUCUGACUACACAAUCAGUUUUCUAUUCCGGAUUCUUCCUGACACUCCACAGGAGCCAUUUGCUCUUUGGGAGAUUUUAAAUAAACAGUCUGACCCAUUGGUUGGGGUUAUUUUAGAUAAUGGUGGGAAAACCCUAACAUAUUUCAACUAUGACUACAGUGGGGAGUUUCAAACUGUUACUUUUGAAGGACCUGAAAUUAGGAAAAUAUUCUAUGGAAGCUUUCACAAGCUACAUAUCAUUGUCAGCAAGACUUUGGCCAAAGUAGUUAUUGACUGCAAGCAAGUAGGAGAGAAGGCAAUAAAUGCAUCUGCUAACAUCACCUCAGACGGAGUAGAAGUUCUAGGAAGGAUGGUUCGAUCAAGAGGGCCAAACGGGAACUCCGCACCA